AAACGUCAAACCGACUCGAAAAGUCGGUGGACGCGUUUCGUUUCUUGUUUUUGCUAAAAAAUUUUAAACAAACAAUAAUUAUUGUUGGAAAAUCAAAACAUUAUAAAUUGUUGGAUUUAUGUCUGGUUAAUUUUUUUUAGUGACUUUUUUUUCAAUUUUAUAUUAAAAAAAACUAAAUUAUGAAAUAGUGAAUUAAGUAAUUACAGAACUAUUUCCAUACGUUCCUUUAACCCACAUUAUUUGCAAGGUGGUUCCGCGAAUUUAUUUUUAGAUUGACGUUAAAUCGCAAUACGAAUAAGAAAAUAUAUAUCUUUAAUUUACAUAUACAUAUUUAUUAUUCUUAUAUUUAUAUUUAUAGUAUUACUAAAAUCGAGUACGUCGUCGCGUUCAUAAAAGUGUUUUUAAAAAAUACAAUUUAACAUUAACACGUUUUUUUAUGCCUUCAUACUCAAUUCAUUAAGAUUUCAACAUUUUAAUUAAACAAACGUGAUUUUUUUUUCGUAAAUUAUUAUUUCAGUUUGAAUUAAAAAGAUAAAUACUCGUACUUAAUAUUGGGGUAAAAGUUUUUAUUGACCAUGAAAAAAUCGAGAGUCAGUGACAAGGAGAACCAGUGGCCUGAGGAUAAAUUGAAUAACUUAUUAUCUUCGAAUGAUCACAUAAGUAUGUCAGUCAACAAAAAUGUUGAAGACACAAUGAAUGAAAUAUUAGUCGAAAAACUACGACAAUGUUUACCAAAACAUCAGGAAAAUUACGAGACUAUAAAAAGUCUACUGGCAAAACUUUACACCCGCAUUACAUCCUCAGAUCGAAAAGUUCGAGAACGCACACUGGAAACGAUGUGGAGCAAAGAGUACAACGUUAUCGAAAUAUUUAUCGUCUUGCUGGAGGCUUGUAAAGAUAAUGGGGUGUGUUGUAACAUUACUGGAAUAUUGCAUGAAUGUAUAGCACCUCGACAAUCCAAGGUGAAAUUAAAAGGAGCCAAAAAUAAGCACUCGAAAAGUGCAAGUCGAACAACAAUUGCUCAACUAAUACAAUUUGGCGGUACGCAAGUAUUUUUGAAAUUACUAAUAAAUUCCCAACGAACUGACAAUACUAUGACAGAAAUAUUAAUAUAUGAAAUACUAUGGAUAUUAAGUCAGAUUGCUCAGAAGGAUCAAAAAUUUCCAAUAAAAGUAAGACUUUUAAAUGUCACCAAAGUGUUUAAUUCAUUAUUAAAAAAUAAUUAUAACGAUGCUCGACUACUUUUGCCGCUUCUUCUUAUCCUUAAAAGUCUCGCUAAAAAUACUUCCGCUGUUCAAAUUCUUGUGAAAGACGGAAUAGCCUCGAGUUUAGAAAAAACUUUUGUCUGCAUCGGAUACUCUCCUCACCUCAAGUUAAAAGUUUUAUUGGAGUGUCUAAAACAUUUUACAAGCAAUCGGCUCUGCUGUGCCAAGUUUGUCAAAGGAAAUAUGGUGCACAUGUUGAUGCGUGUUUUUGAACGUUGGGACAGAUGGGACGGACAGUUGAGACAAAAAAUUGCCAACUAUGGUCUCUGUACCCUCCACCAUUUGUGUUUGAUAAAAUCCGGACGACGAGCACUCAAAGCAAACAAUGGCCUCCAGCUGCUGUACCGUUUCUGCAGCAAUUGUCCCGAAACGAAACCCUAUGACUUUUUGCUUUCCCGCGUGUGCGGAAUCAUAAGUCAGUGUUUAGAAAAGAGGGAUUUGCCGGUGCCUGAAAUGUCACCAGCUAAAUUUAAUUUACCAAAUGGUAAUGGGAAGAGGGCCAACAGCGUCGACAGUUGCAGUGACGUUGAAAGUCAGGCAAAUAGUGUUAAUUCUGCAGGAAGAAUUUGCAGUGACGCGGAUUCUGUUGAUGAUGAUGAUGAUGACGACAAUGAUGAUGAUUACAGUGGCGACCAGUGUGCUUUGAAUAUCGAUAAAAAUAAAUUAAAACACUUUAAUGAUGUUAAUAAUGCUGACGAAGGUCAAUAUUUUGCGAGUGUCAUCACAUCUCAGCGAACUACCGAAGAUCUUCUUGGGUACAGUGUUCUCUUUCGAGAACUGGGUAAUCUAGAAACGCAAUUAAUGAUGGAGAGCCAAUCAAAUUCAGAAGACAGUAUCGUCGAGUCUGUAAUGAGCAAAGAAACCAAACGCACACAAUUAUUGAGUGACGUUAAAUCUUGUGAUUCAAAUAAUUGGACAGGUGUUUGUACACAAAUUACAGAUGUUGAAGCAUUGCCGUAUCUGAGAAAACUACGACUUUUGGACGGCAUCCCACAGAACGCACAAGAAAAAACAAUUUAUUGCAUCUGUGCCAGUAGAGUAAGAAGCGUAAUAUCUUUUGUAAAGGUGGCGUAUCCUGAUCUAAUAGGCGGUUGUUGUCGUGGGAAUCCCGAGCCGCUUAAUGACAAAGACAGAAAAGUUUGCCGAGCAAAGCUGCUAAAUAGUGUCGACCGUGGACUUCGACCGAACCUGCAUACGCAGGAAGUAAUUUUUGACCUGGACGCCCUUUCGAUGACUUGCCAAACUCCUGCUGGCGGAACCUCUUCCUCGUCAUCUUCUGAGAGACUCGACAGACUGGUUUUGGGAAAUUCUGAUGAAUCACAUACCGGUAGCCGUUGCAUCGAAACCAAGAGUUUGUUAUUCGAAUCGAGAUUCGAGAGCGGAAACUUACGGAAAGUCAUUCAGAUAGGCCCACAAGAGUACGACUUAAUCCUGACCCCAGAUGUCAAUAGUGGGUCGAGACACCAGUGGUUUUAUUUCCAAGUAUCAAAUAUGGAAGCAAACAUUCCUUACACUUUUAAUAUCGUCAACUGCGAGAAAGCAAACUCGCAGUUCAACUUCGGCAUGAAGCCAAUUCUCUUCAGUGUUACCGAGGCCCAACUGGGCAGACCGGGUUGGGUGAGAACUGGCAGCGAUAUCUGUUACUACAGAAACUGCUAUCGGAGACCUUGUCGCGGUAAAAAUUAUCUCACCACUUCUUUCAACGUUACUUUUCCUCAUUCAUACGACAUCUGCUACCUGGCAUACCAUUUUCCGUACACAUACAGUCAGUUGAUGACCCACAUCUGGAGAUGGUCUCGGCUGGAAAAAGAGUCUGUACAUUUUACAGCAGAAAUACUCUGCAAUACUCUAAAUAAUAAUGAGUGCCCCUUGUUGACCAUAACAUCUCCAGAGUCGACUCAAAAUCCAAUUAGCAAACGAAAAAUAAUAUUUUUAACAUCGCGAGUUCACCCUGGAGAAAGUAAUUCGUCUUGGGUAAUUCACGGUACACUGGAAGCUCUUCUUGCAGACAGUACUUACGCCAAAAGUCUUCGGGAUGAUUACAUCUUCAAGAUAGUUCCCAUGCUUAACAUAGAGGGCGUCGUUAACGGAUGAGACUGAGUAACUCCAAACACUAGACGAGAAUCGAGAAGAAUCCAAAUGCCAACAGACGAUUUGGUAUCUGGCUGCUCAGUUCGUAUCCAAGUAGAGGAGAGACGCUAAAAGAUUUAAAAGCUGGACUCACUUGAGACAUCCUCAGACACUCCAGACUCAAAAUAAUCUGAGACACGGUGCCCUGACCAGACAUCCUGACCACGGAUUCAAAAUUCUUAUCUCUUCGGUCUACCAGAGACUUUACCAGAGUUUAAAAUAAAAAAAAAACCUUUGAAACUGAAACUAAUCAAGUCGACACACUCGACGCGUCCAAGAUAUUUUAUGGCUGAGCGACAAAAAAUAACAAUAAAACACAGGUGAUAUAUUUACCUGGAUACAACGAAAUCCGUCUCGUUACCAGGAAUUUAUAGAGAUUUACUCUUAAACAGGAAUCGUAAGUUUAUUUUUAAUUACUCCAGUUAACUUUAUUUUAUUUUAUUAAAUAAAAUUAAAGUUUAUUUUUAGCCGGUGAUGGGAUAAAGAAGUUAAGCAUCUUCGUCGGAUGAUAAAUAAAAGCGGAGUUCUAUUCACAAGGCCACGGCAAGACGGAUCAUCUACUAGAUGUGCUGUGUAUAGUAUUGGAGUUUGUAAGUUUGUUGGUGGUGGCGAUCCCGUGGGAAUGUAAGCGCAUGAAGAUCGCUGCGAUAAGCCAUCAGAGAUCGAAUGGAAGUAUAACUUGGGUACAAGUCAUGUAGCAAAGGUAUAAACGUUGCUCGCUCGAGGCUCUCCGGUGUCUUUACUCGCAUGUCCAGGGCCCUCUUCUUCCUCUACUUCUUCUUCUUCUUCUUCUUUUCUUGCAGUAAACCCUCAACUCGGUAUAAUAAGUAAAGAGAACUAAACAAGCGAUCCUCCUUCGCAUCAAUCGUCUCAUCCUUUAUUUCUCUCUCAGUAUUACCUGGGGUCUACUGUACUGUUGCUGCUGCUGCUGCAUUAUUCGCCUUCAGCUCAUUUCUCAGUCUCUUCUUACAUUAACUACAGGAGAGCUCUCGUAGUAUAUCCUCUUUACUUAUUCUUCUCGUUUCAUCUUUGGUAUCCAGCUGCAGGCGCUGGAUCACUGACUGGAAGCCACUUUUCACCGUCCAGCAUCCACUAUAUUUUUUCCCUCAACUAUUUCUUCUUUUUUUGUUAUUUAUUUGCUUUAUUUAUUCUGCCUCAGCUUUUUGCGAUCCAGUGAAUCCUUUUUGCUCGAAGCAAAAACAAAAGCUAUUCACGUUACCAAAGGAUUUGACUACGGCUGGAUGUUUUGUGCUGUUGAGGAUGAGGAUGAGAAAACUAAAGGUUUUUUAUAGUAGUAGUAAGUCAAGGAGAUGAAGAAAAUGAAGAUGAGAAGAAGAAAAAGGUUGAGGGAAGCAGAGGAGAAAGAAAUGCCGGCAACUCGAGGUCUAUUUCAGGAUACCAGGGGGAUCGCCAUGUACGAACCGCCACCACUCUGGAGGUCUCGAUUCUAGUCCGCGAUCCGCCACGGACUGGAACAAGACCACAAGGGCUUACCCUCGUACCGGGUUCGACAUUCUUCGAUUUUUUUUGAUUUUUUACACCUAAAAUGCGCAUCAGUGGUCCUCAUAUUUAAUUCAAUUUAUAGCGAAAAAAAUUAUUAUGUAACGGCAUUUUAUUGAUGUAUAUUUUUAUUAUUUUUAGCGGCGGAAAAAAUAAUUAUAUUGUUUGUUAUUUUAUUUUAAAAAUUAUUAAGUCAAAGGGAUUUAUAAGGAAUAUGUUUAUAUUCGAAGGUCAUCCAGCUUUUGCGCGUCGCAAGUUAUUUUAUUUUAUUUUAUUUUAUUUAUUUUAAAAUAAAAAAAUCCAUAGACUCUAUGGGUCAUUAAAAUGAUCAUUCACGAGAUCGUAUUUCAACGCUCAGCUCCAGAUUUUUUUGGUCGUUUAUCAUCGGAAAGUAUAUAAUAGGGACCGGCGUGCUUGUAUAUAUAGAAUUUUAAUAUACCGAACCUGUAAAUUAUCCGUUAAUUUAUUCGAUCAUUUAUAUAUCGUAUAUUUUGAGACGUUUAUUUUUUACUAGACAGUUUUAUAUAAAGGGCAGGUAUUAAUAUUAUACAUAUAUUUAUUUAUAUCCCUUUUUUUCUUAUCAUUCCGAGAAACUAGCGAGUGGUAACUUCUCCUAACGAACCCCGUGUCCAAGCCACUUUGUAUCCUUGUCAAUGCUCGCAUAACUAACUAAUUUUGACGUCAUAACAACGCACAAAAAAAUUUAAAAAAUAGUUUAGUUUUUAAAUAAAUAUCAGUAACUUUUUUUGGAACUCAAAUUUAUUUUUUAAAAAGUA